AUGUCCGACGGUCAAAGCGACCCAAAACCGGUGACUUACCAUGGGCACCUCAGUCUCUCCGAAGCUUACUUGGCUUUCAACGCAACGACCAAAGGCCAGUUUUUCGAAUCCGUCUUGCCUUUAUAUACCGUUCGUCGCGUCGAACGAUUAACGGAUGACGCCGCUUCUUUCUCUAUCAAGAUCGUCACUUGGCAUCAAGCCGAACGCUUAUUCCAGCUUCAGAUAUCUGAAUCGCAGUAUCAAGCCUUUUCGAACGCAUUGACCUCCCAUCUCAAGGGACAAAUUAUGCAAAUGAAAAUGCUGAAGCAGUUCCUCGGUACGUGCGCGUCCGAAGCGCUGUUGGCUGAUAAAUCAAAGGACGAUUUGGACAAGCUACCGGGCGGUCUGGGACUUGAAUUUGGUUUUCCAGGCGACAGUAAAAAACUGAAAGACAAGACAAAGACUCGGCUUUGGAAAGAAUACUUUAAAGUGCACGGUAGAAAUUUGACGGUGUGCAAGACGCCACGAUUUGGUAAACUGCUCCGUGUGGGAUUGCCAAAUCGAUUGCGUGGUGAAAUCUGGGAAUCGUGUUCCGGAGCUAUGUACCAACGGUUCAUGAAUCAAGGCCUUUAUGCAAGAAUUCUUGAAGAAAACAAAAAUAAGAGUUCAUUGAGCUUGGAAGAGAUCGAAAAGGAUCUCAACAGAUCAUUGCCUGAAUACUCUGCCUAUCAGACCCCGCAAGGUAUCGACAGUCUACGAAGAGUGCUCAGUGCGUAUUCAUGGAAAGAUCCCGAACUUGGCUACUGUCAAGCGAUGAACAUUGUCACUUCAGCGAUAUUGAUCUAUAUGAGUGAAGAGCAGGCUUUUUUCACACUCGGCGUGCUUUGCGACGAUAUGCUACCUGGUUAUUACAGCACCUCUAUGUAUGGGGCACUGCUUGAUCAGAUUAUUUUUGAACACAUGCUGGAGACGACGAUGCCACUAUUGCACACCCAUUUUAAAAAGACCGAUAUUCAGCUUUCAGUGGCGUGUCUACCAUGGUUCCUCAGCUUGUACAUCAAUUCAAUGCCUCUCUUGUUCGCCUUCAGAAUCCUCGAUUGCUUCUUCAUGGAUGGGCCCAGAAUAUUGUUCCAGAUUGGCUUAGCCAUUCUAAAGAUCAAUGGCGAUGCUUUGUUGCAAGCGACAGAUGAUGGUGCGUUUAUGAAUAUCCUCAAGAAUUACUUUAAUUCAUUGCAUGAACCACUGUAUCCCAAUUCCGAGGACGCCAAAGCGAAAAAUUUGACGAAAUUCAAUGAAUUGUUACUUGUGGCCUACCGUGAAUUUAGCAGUAUCACGGAUGACAGGGUCCGCGAACUGCGUCAAACCCAUCAACUCAAAGUCGUGGCCGGUAUCGAAUCGUUCACUAAACGUUCAGCGAUCCGUAACCUGGAUAACACUGCCGGACUCAGCAAGGAUGAAUUGGGCAUCAUCUACGAUAAAUUUUACAAUGUCCUUUACUACAAACAAGUCCGAAACGAUCGUAACGAUUCACGCAUGGAUGUGGUAUCCUUUGAACGAUUUAUGGGCGGUCUUGCGGGAUGGGCCAAAUUCACAUCGGAAGACCAAGAUCCGGAUAAGGAACGAUUGACCAAAGUGGGCAAAACAUUCCUGACUCGAUUGUUCCAGCAAUUUGAUAAAAGCAAUGCCGGUGAUCUGAAUUUCCAGGAUAUUGUGGCUGGCAUGGGAUCGAUUAUCAAGGGAAAUCACAACGAUCAAAUUAGUCUCUUCUUCAAGCUUCAUGACGUCGAUCAAGAUGACCAUCUUAGCCGAGAUGAACUGUUGGAACUAUCGGAAACUUUGCUUUGGAUUUUCAGACGAACCGUGGAUGAGACAAAGUUGAGUUCGGUGUCGACUUUCCUGCGACAUGCUUUUGAAUAUUCUGAACCCAAGACUGAUGACGAUAACUCUAAUGAACGGUUCCUAUCGUUGGCAUCAUUGCGGUAG